AUGGACCCUAUCGUUCUGUACUUAAAGCAUGACACCUUACCGGAUGAUAAGGUUGAGGCUGGCAAAAUCAGGAGAAAAGCUACUCGAUUCUGGCUGUCGGAGGACUCCAAGCUUUACAGACGCUCGUUCUCAGGGCCAUAUUUGCUGUGUGUGCACCCAGAGGCUGCAGAACUCAUCCUGGAAGAGUUGCACGAAGGAAUUUGUGGAAGUCACACGGGGGGUAGGUCUUUGUCUCACAGAGCCUUAACUCUCGGUUAUUGGUGGCCGAGCAUGCAUAAGGAAGCCCUGGAUUAUGUGAAGAAGUGCGACCAAUGCCAGAGAUUCGCUCCGAGCAUACACCAGCCUGGCGGAGAGCUGAACCCAUUGUCCAGUCCCUGGCCAUUUGUGCAAUGGGGCCUAGAUAUACUUGGUCCAAUCCCAAGGUUCGGUACCCCGCACACCCUGGUGUCGGACAACGGGCUCCAGUUUGACAGCAAAGCCUUCAGAAGGUACUGCAGUGAGCUAGGUAUAGUUAACCGGUACUCCACGCCAGCUUACCCUCAGAGUAAUGGACAAGCGGAAGCUGUCAAUAAAACGAUAAUGAACGGACUGAAAAAGAGACUAGAUGACGCGAAAGGGAGAUGGGUAGAGGAGCUAGCCCAUGUCUUGUGGACAUACUGUACCACGCCUCGUAGGUCCACAGGGGAAACCCCUUUUUCAAUGACCUAUGGGGCCGAGGCUGUCAUUCCAUUGGAGGUGAACUUCCCAACCCAGAGGACCACCACCUUCUGCCCCGCUACCAAUAACAAACUUCUGGAAAAGAGCUUGGACCUCAUCGACGAGAGAAGAUGGUUCACCUAG